UGGAUCCGAUUGGUUAAUGGCAGGCUUGAGUAGAGAUUUUAAGCACGAAAGAAACCGGGUGUUUUGCCAGCGCGGCUCAGCCCGUAGUUUGCUCAGGUCUAGCGACCACCCUCGAACAGUUUUAUUGCUAUUUGUGUUAUUUUCAAAAGCCACCGAUUUGUACGUAUUGUAUAGUCCAGGCCAUAUCAUAUCAUCCUACUGGUUCCUACACGCAUCCCUAGGCUUCAAUCGCGCGGCGCGUCCACUAGCGACUGGCCGAUUCCCUCCCCUUCCUUUCCCGCCUCCCAUUCCCCCUUUUCCGACCUAAAUAAAUAUCUCCUCGCCCCCCUCCUCAAAAACCCUCCACCGCGCCGCCGCCUCCCGUUCCUCCCCCAAUCCAAUCCGGCCCCACGCCACCGAAAACCCUCCUCCCUCCCGCACCCGUCGCCAUGGGCAGCGCCGCCACCUCGCCGCCGCCGUCCGUGACGCAGGAGGACUUGAAGCGCGUGGCGGCGCACAUGGGCGACGCCGCCGCCGCCUCGCCGCUGCCGUCCGCGAAGCUGACGCAGGAGGACUUGAAGCGCGUGGCGGCGCACCGCGCGGUGGAGUUCGUGGAGCCCGGCAUGGCGCUGGGCCUCGGCACGGGUUCCACGGCGGCGCACGCGCUCGACCGCCUGGGCGACCUCCUCCGCGCGGGCGCGCUCCCGGGCGUGGCGGGCGUGCCCACCUCCCUCAAGACGGAGCUCCACGCAACCCGCGUCGGGAUCCCGCUCCUCCCGCUCGGGGGCGACCGCGGGCCCACCAUGAUCCACCUCUCCAUCGACGGCGCCGACGAGGUCGACCCAGACCUCAACCUCGUCAAGGGCCGCGGCGGCUCGUUGCUCCGGGAGAAGAUGAUCGAGGGGGCUGGGGAGAGAUUCGUCGUCAUCGUCGACGAGUCCAAGCUGGUGCCCCGCCUUGGGUGCACGGGCGCGGUGCCCGUCGAAAUCAUCCCCUUCGGCGCGCCCCACACGCUGGGACUCAUCUGCAAGGUGUUCGACGGAUUGCCUGGUUUCCACGCCAGGCUCAGAAUGGUCAAGAAAGAUGCUGAAGAGGACACGCCGUUCGUGACAGACAACGGUAACUACAUCGUUGAGAUGUUCUUCGAGGACGGCAUCCACGGCGACCUCCACGACAUCAGCAACCAACUUCUCCGGAUCACCGGCGUCGUCGAGCACGGCAUGUUCCUCGGCAUGGCCACCACCGUCAUUGUCGCCAACAAGGACGGCACCGUCACUGUCAUGGACAAGAAUUAAUCCAGUGAUGCGACAUGAUGCUAAUAAGCUGCCAAGAUCCUGUCAUUCCAGCGAAGAAAUAGAAAAAGAAAAGCAGAGCAAAGCAGCUCUCGGUGUGCUCUCAAGUUUUGUUGCUCUCCUGUUGUCGUACACUCGUACUAGUACUGUCGUUACCUUGCUUGCUCCAAUUUCAUGGGUAAUGAUACGAUAGAAUUACCCAGAUGAAUGUGACGGAACCAAUAAGUUUGAGAUGUCUUUGAGAUAUUAUAACUAGUCACAUUUCUUCAUUGCUCAA